UUUUGGCAUACAUGUCUGUGGGUUUAUGAUGACUGGUAGCCUUUCUCAAGAGCAGUACUGUUUUCCAGGCUCUAAUGCCUCGUGUGUUAUGGCCCAGUUACGCAUGGGGACCAAAUUUGCCCUUUAUUUGUUAUUUGCUUUGGGCAUGCUGGUUACCAUUUUGGGGAACUCUGUAGUCAUUGUAUCAAUAAGUCAUUUCAAGCAGCUGCAUAAUCCUACUAAUAUGCUUAUUUUAUCUCUUGCUCUAGUUGACCUACUAGUGGGUGUUAUUGUUAUGCCCUUCAGUGCCUUCCGGACCAUUCAUGGCUGCUGGUUCUAUGGUGAUGCCUUCUGUCUGCUGCACUCCAGUUUUGAUGUGUUUUUCACCACUCUUUCUAUCUUCCACCUAAUUUGCAUUGCCGUAGACAGACAACAAGCAAUUUGCAAUCCUCUGCAUUACUCUAGGAAAAUCACAAUGCCAGUGGCCUGGUUUAUGAUAUGUGUUAGCUGGACGCUGGCUGCUGUCUACUCUUAUGGACUACUUUACUCCAAGGCUAACAUAGAAGGGUUAGAGGACUAUAUACUAUCAAUAAACUGCCUUGGCAGUUGUUUCCUUCUCUUUAACCCCCUUUGGGGAGUCUUGGACAGUGUUAUCUGCUUUUUCUUUCCCUGCACUGUAAUGGUUUGUCUGUACACUAAAAUAUUUAUUGUGGCUAAAGAGCAUGUAAGACAGAUUGGAGAUAUGAGCAAUUUUUCCAUUGACAGAGGAAAGGGUGGGUUGAUUAAACAGUCUGAGCACAAGGCUGCAAAGACUCUGGGUAUUGUGCUUGGUGCAUUCAUCUUCUGUUGGAUGCCCUUUUUUAUAACUUCAGUAACUGACGCCUUUACUGGCUUCAGCACACCUGUUGCCAUCUUUGAAGCGUUUGUUUGGUUGGGUUACUUAAAUUCAACCUUAAACCCAAUUAUUUAUGCAUUGUUUUAUCCCUGCUUCAAAAAAUGUUUUUAUUGUAUCGCCACUCUGAAAAUAUUUAGCUCAAAUUCUUCAACCAUGAAUGUAUCUGUAAAUUGACCCAACUACACCCAGAAACUGUACUGAACAACAUUUUCAAAUAAGUUGUUUUUGAAACCAGGCCUUGAUCAUGUAUCAGCAUGUUUUUUUUCCUUCAAAAAUCUCUAUUGUGUAACUGUUAUCAGACAAUAAUCUUUGUAUUAUAAUAGUAGUUGUACUUUUUGUCCAACACCAUGCUUUAUUUUACUGUGACCCCUAUUUUUGUUGGUCUCUGUGUGUGGCAAUAUUUUUCAUGUAAAUUUUUUCCGCUCUGUAUAAAUACAAUUACAUUUACCAUUUACCAAGGUAACUGUGUAUUGAUUUAGAAUUGCUAAUUAGUCAAUCUUCAAAAGCUCCAAACCUCACUAACCCUAUAUACGUUAUAUAGUUUUGUGAUGUGAGGGUUUUGUCGCCCUGACUAAUCAGAGUGUAGACUCACAAUUAAGUGUCAUGCAUAAGCCUUCCUAUGUGUAAAAUUUGGUCUCAGCUCCAGAGGUUUCCACCAAAGAGACAGUAUUUUGAAAAUGUAUGCUGAUAAUGAACCUGAGAUAGAGAUGCAAUUUGUGUCACAACACCCUCACAUGAAAAACUGAAGUCAUCCAAUUUAUGAUGAUGUAUUCAGCACUGAUACAAUAAAAUAGUCACUCAAGUGCAUUAAUAUUUGUAUUGGCUGGGCUAUUAAAAAAACUUGGUGAUUAACAUUGAA